AAAUAUUCAACAUCAUAACAUUCAAAAGUCAAAAUAUCGGUCGAUAUUAGUUUUUCUGAAUUAAUCGGGACUUGAAAUUAUUUUCUUAAAUUAACUAAAAUAAAUGAAGUUAUUUAGGGUAAACAGAACUUAAGGGCUUAAACAAAAAAAAUCGGCCUGAUCAUGUCGGAAGAGAAUAAAUCAAUUCUCCACGAACUAUACGUAUAUUCGGAAUGGAAACCUGAACCAGAAUAUAUUCAAAAACCUGAUAACUUACUACUACCAGAAAACAUAUCAUCUUUAUGGAAGUGGCUUAAAUUUUUUGGACCCAAGAAGAAUUUAAUAGACAGUGUAACUGCUCAUAAAGAAAACCACCAAAAGUGGCAUAUCGCUCUCGGAGAUGAAGGGAAAGUCAUUGCUGUGUUAACUGACAAUAUAUUGGAGAUUAGAACAAAGAGAUCUGACUAUGCUACUAUUGCUGCUAGAACUACAGUUAAUAGGGAUCCUUAUUCACAAUGGAGGAAACUCGUCUGGAGUCCUGAUUGCUCCUUUGUGGUUCUAGCAUAUGGGAAUGGCGUAGUUGGCUUCUUUGACUUGACUGCUUCAAACCUUUUCAAUAUUCCUAUUGAAUGUUCAAGACCAGAGGGCUUGGAGUGUUCAGACAACACUCAUGCAGUCGCCGACGUUAUAUUCAUGCCACUUAGGGUCAAAGACACAAAAUGGAACUGGGAAGUUCUAAUAGUGACAUAUGACGGUAAACUGCGUGGAUAUUUGGUAUCGCAGACAGAAGGGUUCAAAAUUCAUCAUACAUUUAAAUUCAGUGGAGGUGUGUCCGCUGUAGCAUAUAGUGAUCGACAUUCCACUCUUUACGUUGCUGGAGUACCUAGAGGUUCAGGAAAGGAUCCGUCAUCGCCUCUAAGCGCAGGACUCACAGCCUGGCGGAUACUAAAUGACGAUCCAUUCUAUAAACUGUCUGUUGUGUCGGACGAGCUCGAGGCGCAGUUGGCAAAUCAAAGAUUCCAGCUUUACAUUCCAUUUGUAACUUCUAAGAAUUUAGCAUUCAUAGUCCAAAUGCAGCUGUCGCCCGACGCGACUAGACUCGUAUGUCUGCACUGCAACGGAGACGUCUCGGUGUGGCGCCUCCCGCUGCUGAAAGCGGAACAUCGGUGGCCCUUGGACACUCAACCGCUGCACGACCUAAGGAAUCCGCUGAGCAAUGAUGAUAAACCAACCAAGAAGGACCCGAUCAAAUAUUACGUGGCUGAUGUUAACUGGUGGAGUGGCGAGGAAAUAAUAGUGUCCAGAUUCAGCGGCGCCGUGUCUGUGUGUCCCAUCCAGGACAUGAUGAACAUUCUCGGGAAGAAACCCGAGUUCUUCCAGGGCGCACCACGGAUCACGUGUGCUCACGAGGGAACAUUCAUGGUGCUGGAAUGCGAGUCUAAUGUGUUGCCAGCGAAGAAAUCACGAAGUGACGAAAGUAUGGAAGUAGUGUCGACGGAUAACGACGAAGAGGAUACGAUGUUUGAAUUAACCAAAGAGCUGUUGAAGUCUGUGCUGUUCGCGAUCACCGAUAUCGAGACCUUCCAGCCCAAGCCGAAGCGGAUAACGGUCGUCUCCCGGGUGUACCGGCUGCUCGGAGUCAAGAGCACCACGCCCGCCGAACUAUUCUCCAGGAAGAUUGAAAGCGGCAAGUACACGGAAGCCUUGGCUUUGGCUGAAGAGUUUGGGCUGGACAGCGACUUGGUGUAUCAGCAGCAGUGGAGGAAGAACCCUGUCUCUACAGAGGCCAUACAGAAGUACUUGAGCAAAGUGUCUAAGAAGAUCUGGGCGGUGCAUCAGUGCGUGGACCGACUCCCCGAGACGCUACCGGCCGCCAAAGAACUACUGCAAUUCGGGAUUCAACUUACCAAUGAGAGAAUACUUGAUGAAAUAAAUACGAACUCUGAGAACAAGAUAGAAGAUCCUGACAACAUAACCCUGGAGCAUCUCAACGCGUACACGAGCGAGCUGCUGCGCUGCAGGCACGUCAUGCUCUUCUACAGAGAUCGACUGGCGUUAUAUGAGGCGAUUCUACGCUGUGAGAAAUCAACGUACGUGAAAGACGAGUACGACCGGCUCCGCAGCAACAGCAUCGUGCACAGCGCCGCCGAGACCGCCAAGGAAGGCCGCGUCGAGGCGCUCACCUGUCUGUGGCCUCAAAUCAAAACGGUCCCCAUGCAGCUGGCCGUUCUCGAGAAACUACCAGAGACAAUCAACCCCAUAGACUAUCAACAUUUGUUACCCACCAAGCAGGUCGUGCAGUGGUUCGAGAAGAAGUCCCCAAUUAAACUGCCGCCGUCACAGUAUGACAACGACUGGUGCCGCAAAGGCAUCUUCAGGUCGAUAUGGAGUUCCAACUGGUCGGAAGACUGCACUCCCGAUGUCGAGACCGUCGCGGAUGUCUUAAUAGAAGACGAAGAGUUAGGGAAAUGGUACGAAAAGAGAGCGAGGGAGAUCGAAGAGAGAAGCGGCAUGGUUUCUCAUUCUCUUACUCUUGUGACUAUUGCGAUGGUCGGCGGCGGCGUUCAAGGCUUAGACAAAAUUAUGUUUCACCUCAUGACCCUGGACACUCUGGUCUACGAUAUAAACAUCGAAGGGGUAACGCUCAAGCAGCUCGAAGGUCUGCCGCCGCUGGAAAUUUGCACGCUGCUCAUGAAAACGUCGACGGCAGAAACGUUCGUGUCGGACUUGAAGCAGUACGUGAUCCCGUACCUGAAGCGCCUGGAGAACAGGUCCAAGGUCAACGACGUCUGCAUCAACGGCCUCAUCGAUUAUCUGGUGCAUAUAAGCAUUGAAGACUUGUCUCCUAUACUCCUGGUGUUGCAGUCACCGACGGAGUUCGCGCUAGAUGUCUGCACUCAUUUGGAUCUAGUCGAAAAAUGUUUCUUCGCCUACACCGGCACCGACCUGGAGAAAGCGAACGCCCUGCUCGACACUAUACCGACAGAGAGCGACGGCAGCAUGUCGACGGCGGCGCUGCAGAGCGCGGCGGGGCGCGUGCGGCGCGCGUGCGGCGGCUGGGCGGCGCUGGCGGCGCGCGGCGUGCGCGUGUCGGGCGGCGCGCUGCGGGACCUGGCGCCGCACCGCGACCAGGCGCACGCGCUGCUGCUGCGCCUCGCCAGGGCCCUGCCCGCCGUUGAAGAAAAACCAACUGCGCAAGAUUGGGAGAAACUAUUGAAAGACAUAUUGAAUUUACAAUCAUCUUUAUUCACCUGCAUCAGUAAGACAGAAUGCUAUGAAAUCUACGCCACGUCGUUACUAACGUCGGGACACUCGCCCAGCGUCCGGCUGGCGGCCGACGUCAUGAACUGCUCGAAGUCGGCGCGGGGGGACAGCCGGAAGGUGCCGUACCCUAAGGCCUUGGAGCUGGUGCUGGCCGCCGCCACUGAGUACGUCAACUCCGCAUCAGGACUCGAGGAUCCCGCUCUCGAUAUUGCCAGGACGUGUCUAAUGCUGAUAAAAGAAAAAAAUGUAAAGAAAAUCGAAGAAGAGCUGGAUCUGAUCUCGUCAUUUCAAAUACUCAAUUCGUUUGAGGUCCCGCUACUGCCCAUACAAGUACGUUUGUGCGAAGACAGACUGUCUCUGGUCGAGCAGUGCCUGAGGCUGGACCUGAACGGGUACCUGGCGGGCCCCAAGCUGCUGAAGCUGGCCACGCUGCUGAGGGUGGCCGGAGACGACGAGCACACUCGCGAGGGUGAAGUACUGUCGCUGAUCGGCAAGUACGCGCUGGAGGCGGGCGCCCGCCCGCCCGCCGCACGCCCGCGACCUGUACGCCGCCGCGCUCACCUACUGCCACGCGAACCAGAUGCACGACAUGCUCACUGCUCGGUCAUUACACUUCAACUUACUAACUACUACUGGUUGAGCUUGGAGUUGGAGAGUCUCCAGCAGACCGGCGUGUUCGUAAGGGAGCAGCAGUUCCUGACCGACCGAUGGCCCUCCACAGACGACGAGUUCGCCGACGCCAUAACAACUCCGGUGAUCGAGAGGAAAGAUAUCGUGCCCACCGCUAAAGACAAGAAGCCACCAAGGAAUUAUGUCCUAAACACGUUUCAAUAUAAGUACGAUAUAAGUGAGAAGUCGAGUCCGGAGAGCGCGGAGGUGCGCUACCCGGAGUGGUACGCGCGUGUGUACGGGGGCGGGGCGCGCGCGGGGGGUGACGAGGUGCCUGCGGGGGGUGAUGGGGCGCCCGCGGGGGGCGAUGGGGGACACUACUCGUACGGCCGGUUCGCGAUGGAGCGCCCGACCGGCACUGCGCAUGCGCUGCUCUCCGCCUACUACAUACAAAACUGUCUCGAACACGGAUACACGGCGCAGCUAGAGGCCGAAUUGGUCCAGAAGUGCGGGGAAGAGCUGCUGUACAGAGACACGCCGCUGAGCGUGGCCUGCCUGCUGCGGUCCACUCAGGAGUACGACGUGACGAAGAAGUUCUUGGAGAGUCAGCACACGGACGCGGCCGUCAGCUGCGCGCUGUACGCGACGCUCGUGCACUGCAACUCGGCCGCGCUGCGGGACGACGUGUACUUGACCAAGCCGACCAAAAUGGCCAGGAUGACUUUGAAGCAGAAGAACGCUUCGGAAGUGCAGCUGAAGGUGAUCAACGAGUGCGUCGACAAGCUGACCGGCAUGGGCGAGGUGGCCGCGCUGCGCAACCUCGGCGUCGCGGUCAACGGGCUCCUCUUCAACGUCGACGACGACUACAGGCGGGAGCUCAUCUACAGGCUCGCCGGGUCUAAGGAGAAGAAGCACGUGGAGGUGGCGUGUUCUCUGGCGGACAAGUACGGGCUGGACGCGCUGGAGAUGUGGCUCGCGCACGCGGGGACCGCGGGCCGCCUCGCCGCGCCCCCCCGCCUCGCCGCCCGCCUCACCGCUGACCUCGCCGCCUACAACCGAAUACGAGAAGUGCUCUGGCCGCAGCUCCGCGGCGACGACCACAGCUCGCUCAUUAACUUCUUCACGUUGCUGAAAGGGAUCGAUGAGAAACAAGUGCUCUUCGGAAUGACCGUCAUGGAGCACAUCAAGCUGCUCAAGAAAGCCAAAGCUGCUUCCCCAGAGCUGGACUACAAGCUGCUGCUGGAGCCGGGCGCGGCGGAGCGUCUGUCUGCGCACCUGGUGGACAUCAUGAGGCCGGAGAACGUGGGCAUCGUCGGCAAGUUCCUCAGGACACUGCCGCCCGCCUUCAAGACGCCCAUUUCCAUCAACAGCAUCUACACGAAGUGGCUCACCAAACAUUUUUUUAGCGUCCCUUCGAACGCGACCAACAAGAAGUGGAUGCAACAAUACAGACAAUGCUCGAGCUACUUCAACAAGCUCUCCAAAGAGGAUCUCCUGCAGUUUGUGGCCGACACUUGCUUCUCUGAUGACGCGGUUCAACGCGUUCCUGCCGGUACUCGCAGCCUGAUGAUACUACAAGCGGUCGAUUACUGCCAGCAAGAGCAGGAGAACGAUCACAAGUCGAACAAGAGCGAACAAACAUGGGCGCAAGUAGGACAGGAGCUGACGCGCUGGGCUCGCUUCCUGGAGAACUUCCACUCGUCCAGCGUGCAGGCCAUCAUCGACUCCACGGACGUGCCCCGGGAUACGAUUUGGCCUGAGAUAGAGAAGAGUCACGGUGACGCGGAGCGCGUGGUGUCGGGGCUGGCGCGGCUGGUGCUGCGGGGCGGGGCGGGCCGCGCGCCCCCGCUGGCGCCGCUGCUGCAGUGUCUGCACGUGCCCGCGCCGCCCGCGCACGUGCUGCGCGCCGCCGCGCAAGCACUCGCCGACCAGAGUGAGGCGCAGAUCCUAGUGGAGCGCGUCGUGCAGUACCACAAGGAGGGCGUGAAGCUCCCCCCGGAUGUGCUGGACGAGGUGGUGCAGAGCGUGGCGGCGCUGGGGCUGGCGCCGCACCGGCUGGCGGGCGUGCUGGCGCUGUCGGGCGAGCGCGGCGGCGGGCGCGGCCUGCGCUGCGGCGCCGACCUGCUGCGCGAGCACUGGCCGCACCGCGCCGCCGCCGUCACAGAGGAGGCAUUGGCGAGUGAAGAAGGUCGACGUGAAUUAUUCGAGAAGUUCCUUGAGGAGUCCGACACUUGGCAACAGAGGAAGGCUCUGGUCGACGUGCUGAACUGCUGGCCUCCGAUUACUUCCAGCGAGUCGGCGAGUCUGCAGUGCGAGUACCUGUACGCGCUGCUGACGAACCCUCUGGACAGCAAGGAGAGCUUGGAGCUCAUCAAGGCGCUGCUCAGCCGGCCCGUCCUUAGCGAGCAGGAAAUUAAAUGGCUGAUCGACGACGUCGUCCCGGACGCAGUCGUGAACGCCAUCUGGAUUCUCUUGCUCAGUAAAUAUCAACAUUCCAAAGAAGAGAUACUGAACAUAUUGCAACAGCACAAGGAAGAAGUUGCGAAACAAGAAAUCGACGAUGAGCUGGUCGCGGAGUUGCUCCGCAACGACUUGUUCGUGAGUCUGGUCGGCACUCCGCUGUACCCCAAAAUGCUCAGCUACAUCAUCAGCCGGGAGGGCGGCUCCGAGGACGCGCCGUACUCCGUGCCGUGGGCCACGCGAGAGCUGCUGAAGGCCAACUACCUGGCCGAGGCCGGGCACCUCCGUCUCAUGGCUGAUGGCGUCCCGCCGCCCCUGCGAGGGUUCUCUCAGUCCGUUCUCUAUUGUAAGAAUAUCUUUAAGAAAUAAGUUUUAUCUGUUAAAUCAAUUGUGAACAAUGUAAACAUUAUUAUUACGUUGCCCUAUUUAUUUCUGUUUAAAUUAUUAAAUCAUCGAUUAAUGAAA